CCGAACACGGACGUCCUACUAAUACCUCCUCACCUCCGCCUCACUUCUUCAUCGCCUUCUUUGCUCCGUGAUUCCUCCCGUCUGAGAUUCAAGCGAUCGGUCUCUGUUGUGAGCGAGAUUGUCAUACAUAUGUGCCAAUCAUCAUCUGCAGCAUGGAAACGCCCCUUGACCUUUUGAGCAGAGCUGCUGUUCUCGUUCGUAAUCAAGAGGUGACUACUCGCGAGAAGGAAAAUAGCGAUACAGCGUCCGAUCGUUCGGUUCACAGCGAUGAAUCCCCUCUGGCCACGAAAUCAAGAAAACGUCGUCACGGUGGGGACGAAUUCGAGACGCUGAGCGACACUACGGACGUUCAAUUGGCCAAACAGUCGGGUAGCUACGGCGUACGCAAACGUCGAGCUCCGUUGUUUAGUCCGCGGCGACAAGAAAGGAAUGGCAGGUUGCGUAGUGCUUCUCCUGCUGCAAGUGCUCCGUGCCUGCUCAGUCCAUAUUCUUGUUGUGAAGGUGCUGUUCCAUGCUCUCGUCCUGUUCGACCCUUGCCAUUUCAUUUGGGAUCUGCUGUAUUUUCGUGUCAACCAUAUUUUCAAUUGCAAGGAAACUCAGUUACCAGAUGUAAUUCACAGCCAUUUCCAAUGCAGAUUCCACAACCUAUUGGAUGUUCGGUUCCACUGAGACCAUCAGGAAUGUCAGCCUUCUCAAAACCUGUUAUGAGUUGGAGUCAGACUCAUGGCAACUUUUUGCCACCAGAAUAUCAUGGAUGUUCAGCAUUUGAUGUAACGGAAUCUCGUCCAGCUCGGAGUUCAGUGUCAUUGACAAACUUAACAGGACCUCUUCCAGUAUUACCUUGUUAUGGUUUAUAUCCGACAUCAAGACUUCAUUUACCACUUGAUUUAUCCGACAGAUCUGCAAAGAAACUUGAGCAGAAUCAGAGAAGAGAAAAUUUGAAUGACUGUCCAUCUACUGAGAAUUCUGGUAGUCCACUGUCACCAACUGAAAUUGUGAUAGAUGAACACUUUCGUCGAAGUUUGGCUGGUCGCCGACUGCGACAGUUUUACCCUUUUCCCACAAGUGAUGGGGACUCGGUUGAUGAUCAUUUCAAACGUGCACUUGGUGAUAAGUGGGACAGAAAAGAAGCGGGACAACUCAGUUGACUAAAUUGUACAUGUAGAAUAUGAUUGCGUACUAUGUAUCAAUGCCUUCAUAACAGCUGCAGUUAAAUUUCUAACCCUGGGUUUGUAUUCUUUGUUAUGUACAUAUGAUUAUACAUCAUUCGUCUGUUGUACUGUACAACAUCA